GCUGUCAGAGAUAUCGCCUGUGACUAACGUACAAACGGAGGAACAGAGACAUAUCCACAAUCCCCUCCCCGAUUUAAUCGUGGGGGACAAGUAAAGCCAUUAAUUAAGGGGAAGGGAGAGCGAGGGAAGGGAUGGAGGCACACAGGGGUGUUUAUAGAUUUGUUUGUGGUAGUAUAAUCUGUGUGCGUGCGGCAAAUCAGUACACAGCAGAAACACCAUCUGUUUCCUCAGAGGCUAGGACUCAAAUUUGGUCCAGAUCGGCGCGAGACAGCUGCUUAUUGCAGGACUGGUGGGCUGUCUCCCGUAGCCUCCCGUAGCUCGUCAACCAGUAGAAUUUCUGAAUUUAAAAUCCACUCUCACCGACUGCGAAAGCGGGAGCCCGAACAUGAUGACGAGAGAAGAUGCGAACUAAUAUCGUUGAGAGUAAAGUAUUUUACAUGUUUUUAUCUGUAUCCAAUAACUGCUUUAAUUUCCGAGAAUUGAUAACGUUUUACAGGACUGAAUUAGAUGAGGAGAGCCAAUCACAAAACUGCAUUAAUGUGUUAAUGCUGAAAUCAUCCUGGAUGCUUUGAAGGCUGCUACGACUGUGGUCCAUCUAUCCUCCUGCAUCGAUGAAGCGCUUGCAACGGCCGAAGACAAACGAAAUUAAUUGCAUGGUCAUUAUUUGAUAUCAAAAAUAGGGAGUCCGUAUACAUUUUGGCCUUGACGAGCUGCCGUUAAAAUGGGAGACAACAUGUCCAAAAGAUUGAAAUUAGUGUCGGCUACGGAAGCGGAGAUGGAGGAAAGAUCUUUUAUCAACCCAUACCCCGACUGGGACCAAGGAGUCUUCACAUCUUCCAAUUCAGGAAUGGACAGUGACUGCAACGAGCCUUUCGGCGAAAAUGGAAAGAUCAGCGAGGCGUUCCAGAAGAAGGUGCAGAACAAGAUCAAGGACCUGCUGCAGCAGAUGGAGGAGGGCCUGAAGACGGCCGACCCCCACGACUUCUCCACCUAUACGGGCUGGACAGGUAUCGCCCUUCUCUACCUGCAGUUGCACCGGGUGACCUGCGAGGCCUCCCACCUCCAGAGGGCGCUGGACUAUGUGAAGAGGACCCUGAGGAUCCUGAACGGUCGCAAGGUCACCUUCCUGUGUGGGGAUGCAGGGCCACUGGCCGUGGCUGCUGUGGUGCACCACCGCCUCAAAAACCAGACAGAGAGUCAGGAGUGCCUCACCAAGUUGCUCCAGCUGCAGCGUGGAGUGGUGUCUGCGGACUCUGAGAUGCCGGAUGAGCUGCUGUACGGACGGGCCGGCUACCUGUACGCCCUGCUCUAUGUCAACAAGGAGAUAGGACCAGACACUGUGGAUGAGACCACCAUCGCCAGGGUUGUGACGGCCAUCUUGGAGUCGGGGAAGAACAUGGCCAAAGAGGAGAAGAAGGCGGAGAAGUGCCCACUGCUCUACGAGUGGCACAAGAAGCAGUACGUUGGCGCCGCCCAUGGUCUGGCGGGCAUCUACUGUAUGCUGAUGCAGCCCAGUGCUAAAGUGAACCAGGAAGUCCUGUCUGAGUUGGUGCGGCCCAGUGUGGACUACGUCCGCCACAAAAAGUUCCGCUCUGGGAACUACCCGUCGUCGCUAAGCAACGAGACGGACCGGCUGGUGCACUGGUGCCACGGGGCGCCAGGAGUGGUGCACAUGCUCAUCAUGGCACACAAGGUGUUUAAGGAUGAGAAGUACCUGAAGGAUGCUGUGGAGUGUGGGGAGGUGAUCUGGCAGAGAGGCCUGCUGAGGAAAGGUUACGGUAUCUGUCACGGCACGGCGGGCAACGCCUACUCCUUCCUCACCCUCUACCAGCUCACACAGGAGAAGAAGUACCUCUACCGCGCCUGCAAGUUUGCUGAGUGGUGUCUGGACUACGGAACCCACGGCUGCAGAAUCCCAGACAGACCGUACUCUCUGUUUGAAGGUAUGGCUGGGGCUAUCCACUACCUGUCAGAUUUAACCCAGCCUGAGUCUUCCUGCUUCCCUGCAUUUGAACUUUAACCUUUGGGUCGUAGACGGACCUCUCCCCCCUUCCAUUCUGAACAUUUGGGAGAGUGCGAUGAGCAGGGCUCUUGGAUGAGGGGGUUUGGGGUGUGAUGGACCCCCGGCGUCUUGACGAAGGGAACCCUCAGCCCUGAACUGCAACCUGGGGAGGGAUGUUGUUCCCCGCUCCGGUUUUUCAGACACAUGGACGGAGGAAAAACACCCCAAAGCCCUGGGCCUUUAACUCUGUAAACGCUAUGUGUGUUGGGGUUUUGUUGUGAAUGGGAAGAAAAUGCUGUUUUGUUCGUGGAUCUUUGCCUCUGCAUGCCUAUCCAGAUCUCCUUCUCUGUAUGCGAUCUCUAAUCCUGGUCCCACACCAGUUUUUAGUGCUACUCCCUCUUCCCUAGAGACUAUUCAUCUUUGCAUGGGAACAUCAGAAAACAUGUAUUAGCCUUGGAAUGUGCGUGUCAGUCAAAUGUUAAUGUCUAACAGUAAAUUGGCGUGGCUUUUUGUAUGUCACUGUGCUUUGACCUUUUCCCGUGGAUAUUGUUUCCCUCAGGCGAACAGCGUUACAUUGUGAAUGUGUACAAUAAACCGGGCUUCGAUUGUUGACUUA